UUUCAUUCUCAAAUCCCCUGUAAAUUCACAAAAUCUUCACUUCUACGCCCCAUUUAUCAUUCAACACAAUGGAGUGAACAUCCAGGAAAAUCAACCCGUCCAAAGCCCUAAACACCCAUCAACAACCUCCCAUGGAUCAACAGCAGCAGCAACAACACCAACAAUUCUACCAGUAUCAUCUUCAAUCCUCUCAGCCCUAUGAUCCAUCUCAAGUUCAAGCCUACGAUCUGUCAGCACAAGCCUAUUACACAUACAAUCAAGACCAGCAAUAUGGGUACUAUCCACAACCCUACGCCACUGAUUACCAGAAUCAGCAGCAACCCACUUCGAUUCACCCUCCUGGGGUCCCAAUUCCGCCUGAACCCACUCACACGGUAGGACCUGACUAUGCCCAUUUGCAGGCUCCCCACAAUGCUUAUUACCCACAGGGGGUUCAUGAACAGCAGCAGCAGCAGCAACAACAACAUAUGGGUUAUCCCGAUUCGGCUCAAGCUGGGUCUAACUUGUUCCAGAUGGCCGGAAAUAUGGAUUCGGCUCAGGGUUCUGCGGAGCAGUGGCAGGUCAACAAUGGAGGUUUUGGUCCUGGUCCUGUUCGCCCGCCGAUUGGUCAAUCUUCAUAUAGAGGUGGAGGUAGAAGGGGUGGUAGACCCUUUAGAGGGGGUGGUAGAUCCUUCAGAGGUGGUGGCAGGGGGCAAUUUGGUCCCCAUGGCUUUGGACCUGAUGGUAGUGGACGUGGCCAGGGAGGUGGCAGGUACUUCCCACCACAUAAUGCAGCAUCAACUCCAAAUUUGGGAUCUGUUCCAACAGCUGAGGGACCAGGAGCGUUAAUCCCAGGAGAGGCUUCACAGCUCCAAGGAAAGACACCUCAAGCUUUCAUGCAGCCUUUAUCAGGAUCAGAUCCUGGCCAGGCACAAUUUCCUGCAAUGGCACAGCAUGGCAAUCCAUUCUGGCGAUCCCCAUGUAUGGCAUGGUGUGAACUUUGUAGGGUUGACUGCAAUACUUUGGAAAUCCUGGAGCAGCACAAGAAUGGAAAGAGGCACAAAAAGAAUUUGCUAGUAUAUCAAGAGUUACAGAAUCUGAACAAGCUCAUAACUGGAGUGCAGAAUGAACAAAUGCCCAUCUCUGAUUUCAAACCACAACUUAUUCAGUCUGAGAGAGUUGGAGGAUCUGAGGAUAAACAGCCUUCACAGGGUACAGGAGCUAAUGGAACUGAGAAAGAGCAGCAAACAGAAGCUGAGAAGUCUGAAGUUUCAGCACAACCAACAGAAGAACAGGAGAGGAAAGCGAGGAUGGAUCACUUUCAAGCCCCAGGGCGUGGAUUGAAGCGUAAGAUGAGAGGGGGCCGAGGUGGGAAGCGCAUGCGACAAUUUGAGCCCCCUAAACCCAAAGAAAUGAUUCCUCUGAUAUGUGAGUUGUGCAAUGUCAAGUGCGAGUCUCAGGUUGUUUUUGACAGUCAUUUGGCUGGUAAAAAGCACCAUUCAAACCUUAAGCGGUUCCAUGGCUACCAAGCUAUAAUUGCAGGAGCACUUCAAGCAUUAAUCCCAUCCAACCCUAAUGCUCCAUCAAACUUCUUCAUCCCUCAAGUUCAUCAACAAGGUGUUAGCGGCUCUCAAGGUCUUCCAGCUCAACCAAUGCCUUAUAUGCAACAAGGCCAAGCACCAGGAAUGGCACCAGGACCCGCAUCAGAACCAGAGCCAGCACCAGUGUCAGCUUUGGAAACACAGGAUAAAGAAGGUACCAAGACUGUAGAAUCGCAGGCCACAUCAGAAGCUGGGGGUCAGAAUACUGUUACCGCGGAAGCUAACAGUCAGCUGCAACCUGACAUAAUAGCAUCUGAAGCCUCGUCAGGUGUUAGUACCAAUACCACCAUUGUGAGUGAAACUUCAGCAUUUGAAGGAAAGGAUGUUAUUCCUCCCAUCGAUGACCCAGAUGUGGCACCCUCAGAGAACAAAGUUAAAGGGGCUGAACAGGUUCUUUCUACAACACCAGCAGACAAAGCUGUUGCAGUUCCCGAAUAGGAAGUUGACUCAUUCUGACUAAGUUCUGCCAAACAAGUCAUCAAAAUGGGGGAACCCCAAGUAGAAGAAAGAAGAGCUAAUAGAGCAAGAUGUGUUGCAGCAGAGAACAGUCUUUAGUUAAAAUUCCCAUGCGAGCGACCACAUUAUAGUUCUGAGAUUUCAUUAAUCUCUCUUAUAUGAUUAUAUCCAUUACAUAAAGAUGUUCCUGAAGUAAUUUGUUUUGGCCAUGGAGCUCAGUAACCUUUUCUCAUGUUUUUAGUGAUACACACAUCUCUGAACCAUGGUGGGGGUGAGAUUGUGGAGUCUCUUUCAGGAUAGGACUCAGUUUGUUGCCAUUGAAACCUGGUCAUGGCUGAAAAUUUUUAAGUAAGCUGCUGCUGUAAGCUUGCAGCAUAACAAUUUGCUUUAUCAGUAUAGUUUUCCAUAACAUCAAUGAGCACCCAUUUUAGGUUUUGAUCA